GAUCGAGUGAGGCGCACUAACCAGCCGGAUGCCUGCGGGUCCGCUCUGGCUUCAGUUGAAUGAGAGGCGCCGCGGCCGUAGGAACGUGUGUCGCCCUCGGGAACGCGUACUUCCCACCGUUGUUUGUGCGUCGAGCGAAAAACCUUUGAUCCAUCCUGUGUUGUUUGUUCCUGCGCCUCGCUGGGGCCCUGCAAGCACGCAGCUCGCGUUGUGGAGAAUGAGAAAAUCUGAAGAAGGGCCGACCGUCCUGCUUCUCGGACGCUGAGGAUUGCGCCGUGCGAGACGCGAGAAAAAGAGAAAGAGUGAGAGAGAGAGAGAUAGAGAGAAAGAGAUUAAUCGCGAGGCCACCACGAUAAAACGCGAUGGGACGACGAUAGCGUAGUUUCGCUCACGAAGUUCGAAGUUGUAUUGAUCAGCCGGAAUGGGGUCCGCAAUCUGGUGGCUGAUCGCUGCCGCGGUAAUCACGAUAACUGCAGCCCUCGAGGGACCGAACGUAUGCACCCGGCAGGACACAUACACGGUUACGGUGAAAGUGUCCGAGCAGAAGCCGUACACCGUGCGAGAGAACACGUGGUGCUUUAGCUUCCCACCGAGAUGUUCCAAAUACAAAGUAGUCUACCGAACGGUUUACAAGGAACAGGAAUUAACGAAACAAAGACCCGUGGAGGAAUGCUGCAAAGGCUACACCGAGACCACGAGCGGCGAUCGCUGCAUUCCGGUCUGCUCCGAGGACUGUCGCCACGGUACUUGCAUCGCGCCCGACGUCUGCAAGUGCGAGUCGGGAUACGGCGGCCCGUUAUGCGACUUCAGGUGCCCGUUGGGUAAAUGGGGCAGAGAUUGCGAGAUGGAUUGCAAGUGUCGGAACGGGGCCACGUGCGAUCCGUUCGACGGCAAGUGCAUGUGCACCAGGGGCUGGUCCGGCGUGUACUGCGAUCAAAAGUGUCUUCCUAAUAGCUACGGGCAGGACUGCGCCGAGAAGUGCCGUUGCAGAAACGGCGGGAGUUGCCAUCACAUCUCCGGCGAGUGCCAUUGUGCCCCGGGUUAUACCGGACCGUUAUGCGAUGACUUGUGUCCAGUGGGCAAGCACGGCGACGAAUGCAAGUCGGAGUGCCGUUGUCAGAACGGGGCAUCCUGCAACCCUAAGACCGGCGAAUGCCACUGCACACCCGGAUGGACGGGUUCAGUCUGCGCGAAUCGAUGUCCAGAGAAUUUCUGGGGCAAGAAUUGCUCUCAAACCUGCAACUGCUUUAACGGAGCCGGUUGCAACCACAUCACGGGCGAGUGCGAGUGUAAACCGGGCUUCUACAGCGACAAAUGCCUGAAGAUCUGUCCCGAAGGCACGUUUGGGCUGAACUGCACGAAGAAUUGCACCUGUGAAAAUGGUGCCACAUGCAAUCCCAUUAACGGUAGCUGCAUAUGCAGUCCAGGUUGGGUGGGUAAAACGUGUAGCCAACGAGCCUGCCAGGAUGGUGUGUACGGUCCUGACUGCACAAAAGUUUGCGAGUGCGAGGAUGAUAAUACGGAACUGUGCCAUCCCUGGACCGGGCACUGUUCCUGUAAAAUGGGAUGGGACGGCGAGACCUGCGCCAGGCCGUGUCCCUUCUACACGUUCGGCAAGGAUUGCCAGAACCGCUGCGACUGCAAGAACAACGCGCAGUGUUCGCCGAUCGACGGCACUUGCAUCUGCGCGGCCGGGUAUCGCGGAAAGGAUUGCGGCGAGCUGUGCCCCGCGAACACCUUCGGGGAGGAUUGCGCGCAGAAGUGUGCCUGCAAGAACGGAGCCAAUUGCUCACCUGAGAAUGGACGUUGCAACUGCACGGCUGGAUGGGCCGGCGUCUUGUGCGAUCGUCCGUGCGACGACAAGUCCUAUGGCAAGGACUGCGAGGGCAAAUGCAAGUGCUUUAACAAUGCGGCCUGUAAUCCACAAAAUGGCACGUGCACGUGUGCGGCUGGCUUCAUCGGCACACUGUGUCAGGAUCGUUGUAAAAAGGGCUUCUUUGGAAACGGAUGCAAUCAGACUUGCGACUGUGUCGAGGAGAACACCAUGGAUUGUGACUCAACUACUGGCUAUUGCAAUUGCAAGCCGGAAUGGCGAGGAAUACGAUGCGAAACAAAGUGUCCGGAAGGUCUUUACGGGGAGGAUUGUCACUCGCAUUGCGAAUGCAUGAACAAUAGUUCGUGUGAUCCCACAACCGGAAGUUGCGUCUGCGCCAGGGGUUGGGAAGGCCCCGACUGUUCGCAACCCUGCAAGGAAGGAUUGUACGGCUUGGGAUGCAAAGAAAAGUGUCCAGAGAAAAUAAACGGGAACAUGACCUGCGAUCACGUCACCGGUCAGUACGUAUGCCGUCCGGGGUACCUGGGUCUUACCUGCGAACAUCCGUGUCCGCCCAAUCGUUACGGGCUAAACUGCGCGAAUCACUGUCAUUGUAAAAACGGCGGGGAAUGUCAUCACGUAACAGGUGUAUGCCAGUGCCGACCUGGCUGGCAAGGCGAAUAUUGUCAAACACCUUGCGCGGAGGGCACGUACGGGGUGAAUUGCACGCAGCAUUGUAAGUGUCAGAACGGCGGCAAGUGCAGAUCCAACGAUGGCCAUUGUCGAUGUCCAUCGGGAUGGACCGGAACCAGAUGUACCGAGAUUUGUCCCGAGGGAUAUUACGGUGAUCAUUGCAUGGAGCCUUGUGAAUGUAAAAACGACUUUUUUAUGUGCCAUCCAGCCGAGGGUUGUAUUUGUAGACAUGGAUAUGCAGGUGAGAAUUGUGACGAGCAACUAUUCUCCCGUAAUAUCCAAGAGAAAGAAGACGGAGGAUACGGGCAUAUCGUAGGAGUCGUAUUUGCGACUUUGAUUAUAGUUGGAGUUUUGUUGGCGGCGUGGAUGUACCAUCGUCGCAGAGUGGCUGAUCUCAAGAGCGAGAUAGCUCAAGUGCAAUACACAGCCGAACCUGUGUCACCGCCGGAACGAAAUCAAUUCGACAAUCCGGUGUAUGCGUAUCAAGGUUCCUCAAAGUUCGACGACGCCACUACUUUGCUGAACAACUUCCAGUUCCGGAAUAAUUUCCAUAAGAACAUAAACACCGAGAAGGCGAAACUCGGUCUAGGUAGAUGUUCCGACGACGAAGACGAUUGCAAAGGAGCGUACGGAUUGCAAUACGACUUGAAGAACAGGGACGCCGAUAUGGGAAAUCCAAAUUUAAAUGUAUAUCACAGCAUCGACGAGAUGGACGGGAAGAAAGUCGAGCACGUCUACGACGAGAUUAAGCAGAACAAUGAGUCGGAAUACGACGAACUGAAUCAGCCGCGGCCAGUGAGUUGGAACAUAAAGCCACAGGCGAGUCGGACGGCCAACGGCUUUUUGCCUAAAUCGCGCGACACUCCAGGGCCUAGUAAAGCGGUAGACAAGGAUCCGGAGUUGGGUGAAACCUAAAAAAAAAAAAAUUCCACGCAGCGUUCCUCGUUUUUUAACUGCCUAAGUUUGGGGUAGAAUGAGCUUUAUUUACGGUUGGUCUGAAGACUCUGUCUCUUUUUUUUAAGGAGCAAGUCUGUGGUAUUACUUUUAUCAUUUAAGCAAAUUUCUUAUAAUAUGUAAACCUUUACAACGUAAUUAUGGUUAAUCAUGAAAUUUGUUUUACGUAAAAGUUAUUUAUGUUGAAUAUGCAAAAGUUUAGUCUUUUUUUUAAAUUUUAUCCAUUUUAUGUUGUCAUUUUGAAACUGUUGCCUGGUCAAUGUCUAGAUAGUCCGUAAGCUCUUACGUUUGUGAUACGUUUUUAUUUAACGGCACUUCUACACUGACUUCCAAUUGUCAUGACGUUCCAGAGUGUAAUCAGUUACGUCAUAAUUACCAUUUUUAAAACGAUGAAAUCAGCAUUUGCACGUAUUAUAGGGCACAUCGUAUCUUCAUCAAAAACAGAACAAAUUGAUUUACAUGAUUUAACAGAAUUAUUUUUCUUACUGGAACUUAUAUCGAAUAAAGUAUCGAACAUAAAAUGUUUUGUCACUCAUCGUGUUCACUAUUGUUUGGUAAAGUUACGUGCAUUAUUAAAUUAUAAAAUAUAGCAUUUCAGAUAGUUCAGUCUUAUAAAUAUAUACGGGAAACUAUUUGAAUUUAAAAUAAUUAUAUCAGAAAGCUAAAAAAAGAAUUAAAACGUUUGCAUACCUCUAAUUUGUUGGAUAUUUUAUGUGUAUAGAAUCUAUUCGUGCGUUUAUCAUGCCUUUGUUUGGCAAAAUACGGCAGUAUUAAAACGAAAAUAUUUGUCUUUUUCGAGACAGAAAAAUCUAAUGGUAAAAUAACACAAUACUUUUUUCCGGCAUCCCCUUUUUAUUAAUAGCUUUUCAUCCUUGAGAUAUUGUCGAUCUCUUUCAUCUUCUCACGGAUCAUCUAAUUAAUGAGAUGAUGAACGUCUCUGUAUAUAUAAACGUAUAUUCUUUUUAAGUAUAGUUUUAAUUAAAUUAUUAUAUAUCUAUUUGAUAUAUGCGCAUAUGUUGCCAAAACGGGCAUAAGUAGAUUAAGAAGUCGGUGAUGAUAAACAGAUGAUAAGAAAUCAAAUCAUGAAUGGAGUUUGAAUAUACAAAGAUCUUAUACGUAGAAGAGAUCCUUUACAUAUCAACAUUUUCUUCAUUUAUAUAAUUAUCAAUAUCGCAAUGGUUAUUCAAGCAUUUAGAUUCUAAUAACUGUUAAUUUUGACGUAUAUAUAUAUAUAUAAUUUAAUGCAUCUUAAAAUAGGAUUAUGCCCAAACAGCGUUAAAUAUUCAUAAAAUGUUCAUUUUGUAUUUCAAAUGUUUUGCAUAUAAGCUGAUACAAAUAAAAUACGUUUAAUAACCGUGUCAAAAAUCAACUUUAAACGUUUGAAAAGAUAAAUUUAAUACAUUUAUUAAACUGUUAAUGAACGUUAUAAAAACGUUUUUACUAUCUUGUGAUACCAUUUUUAUAUGAAACAUUUUGACGAUUUAACAAAUAUUAAAUAGAUGUUUAAAACGUUUAAUAAACGUUUUUAUAAAUUUCUUUAUACUAAUGUAUCGUCUUUAAACGUUCAUUAAAUAAUUAAUGUGAUCUGCUCGGGACGGAAUAGUAGAAGAAUAUUUACAAAAUAUUCAAAUGUUAAUGAAAUGUUCCGAGCGAUACGCGUCUCCACUACUAUUAGAUAUAUGCGGCAGAAUUCUAUAUCUGGUAAAUAAAAAUUAUAUAUACAGGAUGGGUAAGUUACUUUUUAAAAAUAACUUGUUACUGUUAUUUGUUACUUAAAAAAUACAUUCUAUAAGUAUUUCAAAAUAUACCGAAAUGUUCUUGGAAUUAUGUACUUGAAAUUUUAUGAAUAUUUUAGGAAUAUUUAGCAUUAGCUGGGUACGAGUUUAUGCAAACAAAUGCAAUUUAAAUGCAAUGAAUUAACCAAUUUAUUGCAUUAAAAUGUCAUGCGCACAUAGAACUUAUACUAAUGGAAGAGGAAUAGCGUAUACCGUCCGUAUGCCGAAACUGUGUCCAACAUCUGUGCGACAAAGAUAGAACAUGACUUGAUUUGAAAUGAAACAGAACUAGUUUUCUGUCUCACUUCUUGGACACACUUGUACGGGUUCUUUUCCCCUUCCAUUAGUAUAAAUUCUAUGCAUGCGCAAUAAAUUCGAUGACUACGAAUGUGACAUAUUUUUAUGAUACGUAUGUGAAAGAAAAGUAGGCAGUCUUAAUGAUCAUUAUUUUAUUUUACUUAGCCGUAAUACGAUAACUGAUUAUCAAUUAGAUUUAAUCAGAAGACGUGCAUAUAAAUUUUAAAUUUUUUAUGUUACGCUUCUCAAGGGAAAAUAGCGUGCAAGAUGCCACGGGAUAUCCGUUCAUUCCGUUUAUCUUGCAAUUAUCUUGUGAUAUAUAUUUCUAUCUAUUUUUUGGUGUAUCCAAAAUAAAAACGCAUAUUAGAUGUAUACUGAUAACGUAUAACUGAUAUUUAGAUUGAGAAAUACGAUCGUGUGUAUUCUAAGCCUACAAGAAGAUAUUCGCAGGAUAUAAAUAUAAAUAAUAGAAUAAAUAUGUCAAUAAAGUAAGACAGUGAUCAGUGUGAUAAUACCAUGAUGUGCAUUGUUAAUAAUGUCGACGAUUAAGAAAGAUAUUUUAAUAAAGGUUUCACUACACUUUAUUGUGAUCACGCACGUAUAAACAAUCGUGUAAUAUAGAAAUACUCGUUCGACCGUUCCUCCAUUCAGAUUAUAAGAAACGCAAAAUCCGGCGAUGACUUUGUCGCGUGCGAUAUAUUGCCUUACAUUCUUGACAAUCCAAAGUCAGCUGUGUAAUUCACGGAUCGACAUGAAGGACAUCAAGUAAUCACUUAUUUUCAGUUUAUACACCUCGCAUUACACGGAGCAUCACACGGAGUAUCUACUUUCACGAUUCGUAAGAUAUUUCUUCUACUGUUUAAAGGUGUUUAAGGAAUUAAUCGUUGUAUUAAAAAAAGACGAGUUUUAUUUUAAGAUAUUAAGAAAUGUUUUAUAUCCGUUUUUUAAAUACUUAAAGAAAUGUUUUUUGUUUUAAACGGUGUUUCGAUUUAAAACACUAAAACGUUUAAAAGUAAAAUCUUUUGCAGCUUUAAACAUUUUCAAGUAUUUAAGAAACGGAGACGGAAAUGAAAACAUUUUAAUAUGCUAAAUUAAACACUUGUUUUAUAAGCGGCAAUUUUUAUUAUCGAUGUUAACGAUCUGUAAAUAUUUCCGCGAUGGGUUUUGUAAUGAUUUUUGUUAACCCUCUCUGAGCCUACGUGCUCGUACGAUUUCCCAAACGGGCGGCACGAUCCAGUAGCAUCCCCCGAGGAACUGCAACAACGCGACCACGCGAAGACACGCGUUUUCACCUGCAAUCGUCAAAUUAAAAAUGAUAAAUAUCUUUGGUCGCGAAUUUAUCUUUGUUACUGUCACGUUAAGCGCAUUAGACCAAAAAAGCGAAAUUGAUAAAUCUCUGUAAAAUUGUAAGAAGGAAGGAGAGCUCGAAUAAAGAUUGAUGUUACGAGA